AUGGAAGAAAUUUUAGUUAAAUGUGGGUUUGGAACCUACCAAAUAAGGCUAUUUAGAGAGCAGAAGAUUACUCCAGAUAUUAUGCCGUUACUUUCACUUUAUGACUUUAAAUGUUUGGGUGUAACAGAAAGAUAUGAGAUCAUGAAACUGCGAGUGGAAUGUGUAACUUUCGGAAGACAUAUCAACAAACCAGUGCAGCGUGGUUUUAAGAUACCAAAAAUAACUAUUGAAAGUCUUCUAGAAUCUGGAUUUUCAAUUGUUAACAUCAGCCAACUUCUUGGUGUAUCGGAAAGCACAAUUUAUCGAAAUAUGCGACGACACGGAAUUUCAAAAUAUGCUUUCACCAGUAUUGAAGAUCAUCAGCUGGAUGUGGUCAUGGCAAAGAUCCUAGAAGAAUUUCCAAGGUGUGGAGAAAUGAUGUUGAGGAAUCUGCUAGGUGAAAAGGGUAUUAAGAUACAAAGAUUUCGUGUCAGAGAUGCUCUAAAACGAUUGGAUAGUGAUGGUGUACAAGAACGGAAGAGGAAGCGACUUAAACGGUGCAAGGUCCAAAUGAACUGUGGCACAUUGACACAAACCAUAAAUUGA